AUGAGGGUUCAUGUGAAAGGUGACACAUCUGCUGGGAUUUUCGCUGAGAUGUUACUUAAAAUAGGAGACGGAAAUUUCCCUUCAUUGGAAGGUGAGAUCACUAUUCCCUCAAAUUUGUGUACAGUUGUUAGCUCUUUAUCAGAACUAACUUCCAGAAUUUACCCAGAUAUAAUAAAUAUCAAGAUGAAACCCAUCGAAUGGUUGUGCGAGCGAGCCAUCUUAACUCCAAAGAACGACAAGGCAGCCGAAAUCAAUGAAAUUCUACUAAAGGCAUUUAAUGAAAAAUCUGUUGAAUAUAAAUCUUUUGAUUCGGUGAUCCAAUCGGAUGAUGCUGUCCAUUACCCUUUAGAAUUUCUUAAUACUCUGAAUCAUUCUGAAGCUAUAGUUAUCACUGGGUGUGCUAGAGGAGAUAUAGUUUUAAUCCCGAGAAUAACGUUAAUCCCAACUGAUUAUCCCUUUGAGUUUAAAAGAAUACAAUUCCCACUCAAAGUUUGCUUUGCUAUGACUAUUAAUAAGUCUCAAGGACAAUCAUUGGGCAUGGCAGGGAUUGACUUAAGAGAAGAAUGUUUUUCACAUGGACAGUUCUAUGUCACAUGUUCUAGAGUUAGCUCUGCCAGUAGUUUGGUUAUUUUAGCACCAAAAGGCAGUACCAAAAAUACUGUUUAUAAAGAGGUAUUGAGAUGA